CACUCAGCAUAAUACCCUCCAGGUCCAUCCACGUCGAAGCAAAUGGCUGAAAGGGCCUCAGCCCUGAGAAGGAAUCGGAUCUUCCCGACCACCCCUAGCCGGAGGGAGCUGCUGGAGCAGCAGGUAGAAGAACUGGUGCCCGCCUUGCUGUGCUUGGACGACCUUUCCAUUGUUCAAUUUAUGGAAACGUAUCCUGAAUUUGGCACCACCGAAGAGAUCCUGGACCUGCUGUUUGCAAAAUAUGGAUGCAACAAAUAUCUGAAUGAUGACAUCGUGGGAUCCGUGGAGCAGUGCAAAGUGGCCAUCUCCUGCAUCCUGGACAUCUGGCUGGACUACAUCAGGAGGAUUUUCAUCAGCCACCAGAAUUUCUCUUCCUGA